AUGGCGAAGAAAAGCCAGGCGCAGGCAUUGUCUGACGAGUCCACAGGCGUGCCCUAUGGGGAGCUGAUCCGAGACUAUGAGCCGCCGGAAGGAUCGUCGUGGAGGUAUGGCCGACCGGACUAUGCCUCUGUGAACAAGCUCUACUUCCAGCACCGGACCAUGGCGCACCAGGAAGGCUCCCUGGAAGCCUUGGUCCAGAAGCUCGUCAAGAACUGGCAGGUGGAAUCACUCCACAUUACCGAUGUCCAUAACUGGAAGACCAUGGACACCGCAAAGUUCAAGUUGGCGGUGAAUGGCGGUUGCCCCUGCAACGCUCAGUUCCUGUCUGACGUUGGCCACCCCAGUCUGCUCGUCGGGGAGACAGUCGACUACUCGCAGGCCGCAGUGUCGCACGAGGGCUCUCGCAAGAUCUUCGGCGACGCCUUCCCGGAGGGAUUCGCCUGGGAGAUCUUAGAGGUCUACUCCGGUCCUCCGAACGUCCUCUUCAAGUGGCGGCACUUUGGCAAGUACAGCGGGACCUUCGUCGACAAGGCCGGCGGAAAGCACAAAGGCAGCGGCGAGAUGUUGAACUUGGUGGGCAUGUGCCUGGCGAAGGUCAACGAGCGGCUGGCCAUUGAGACUUUGGAUGUCUACUACAAUCCCGAGGACAUGACGCGGCCGCUGACGAGCACUCUCGCAGACCCAACGCAGCGGCCACUGCCCCUGGAGGAAGCAGAUCCCAAGGUGGGCGUCGGCGGCUGCAAAGCAGAUGGGAAGAGCUCCUGUGGUUUCACUUGCACGUUUGCGACUGGGGCGUUUGUGAAGGCCAUGGGCAGUGGGGCGUCGCGCCCACAGGGCGAGAAGUACCAAGCAAGUGCUGAAGCUUCCAGCGAGGAGGCCAAGGUCACAAAGACACAGGAUCGGCCGCUGCCGCCGGGCCUCCCGCAGCCGGAGCCAACAGCUCAGACAGCAGCCGGAGAAUCUGCAGCUGCCUCCAGCGGUAGGCCGCCUUUGUCAGAAGCAGAGCGAUCGGAGGUCCUGUCGGCGCUGGAUCGGGCGCGUGCCACAGCGCUCCGCUCCCUGUCCAACCGCGCACGACGGCUCCUCGCCGAGUCGGCAGUGAUUCAUGAGCUUGGCCCGGGAGCCAGUCUCGGUGGCGUGGAGGCCUGGUAUCACGGCCAAUGCUUGGUGCUCUCAGGGCAGGCCUCGGUGAUGCUUUACCCACCACGGCCGACUGUGAGAGCUAUUCCUGAGGAUGAAGUUGCCCCGUCUGGGCCCAUGCUCGAGGUGGCGCUCGUAAAGCGAGGGGACACCUUCGGCUGGCAUCGACAGCAUAAGGCAGAUCUGACAGACGAGGAAAUUCUCCUUCAGGAGACCUGGGACAACUGCUCGCCUGAAGUGGUCGUGCCUGCAAACAUGAAGCUCAAGUUUGCCCGGCUCGAGGACUCCGAUGACCACCGAGGUGAGCAUCGUGGCUCCAAGAGCGCCAGCGGGCAUGCGCUGAAAGCCCAGAAGUCUGCGUCGAAGACGAAGCCUCUCUCCAAGGAGGAUGAUCACGCAGCGAGGCCCUUGCAAGGUUUGCACACCAGCGGGGUCACCAGCACCUUCAACUUCUUACCCAGUGCGCCGACGUCGAGCUUCCUGGCGCAGCUUUGGCUCACAUCCACACCGCCUCUGGAAGGAAUUGCGGACAACACGGCGGCCAAUGGCGGCUUGCUUCCGCGGGCUCAUUUCCAGGCCACCCUGUGGAGUCCGCUCCUAGACUGCCUGGACCAGCUGAAUGAGGAAAUCCGGCGUCGUCAGAGGGCGAAAUACCGGAUUCACGACUGCUUCCCGCUUCAGGGCCACCAAAUUGUGGAGCUCAAGCACUACAUCAUCCACCUCACUGAGAUUUGGUACGGUGCCCGCCGUGGGGGCAACCUGAGCAUCCUUUAUAGCUGGUUCGUGGAUGCUAUGGGCGUGUUGGGAGUGACCGCCUACUCGUACGACGACCUGCCUGUGGACAAAAGCUCGGAUGCCUGGGCUACGGUGAUCGACGGCGAUGCGAGACGGAGGGCACUCCAAGGUCGGACUGGUAUGGACUCCGCCUACGUGGCCACCGGCGGAGUGGCCCAGAAGCAGGGGCGCUCGGCCAUCGACAACACAGUGCUCCGCAACGUCUUCUACCCCUGGGAGGCUCGCGAGCUGCUGGUGGGUCGGAUGGCGCGGAAGUUCCUCAGUCGGCUCCUGGCACUGCGCCAGCGUUCCAUCCUGCGUCGCUUGGCGCAGCACCUGCAGCUCGAUGUUUUGCACCUGGCACAGGACGCCCGGACGCACCGCUCGCUGCGCAGCAUCCUCGCAGCAACGUCGGACGAGGAGAUCAAGGUGUUGGGUCUCGAUCCACAAGACCGGCUGCUGCUGUUGCUGCGAAGGACCGGCGCGGAGAUCGCCGGCUUCGGUCAGCUGGACGAGGGCAUGCAGAGGAGCGUCUGGGAGGCUGCGAAGACUUGUCUGAAGGAAACGGCGACGCCACUGCAGCAGGAGCCAGCAGAGGGCACCCCGAAGGCCUGUCGGUGCGCA